UAUCUCCCCAGAGUCUUUAAAACCAAAAGCAUCCCAUAUGCAAGUACAUCAGACAGAGACAGACCGAAAAGUUUCAAAAUAAUGUAAGCAGUCUAUCAAAGUUCCUAAGGGAAAAACACUGACAAGCUAAGACUGACAAAUCUAUGAGAGCUCUCCGUGUUCCUGAAAACCCGUAAAAGGGUUUUGAUGACUGAGCCCAGUCUGAGGAAACCACUACCCUCAAAGAUCUACCAAACAAGCAGGUACUUGUUGAUAUAUGUAUUUAUAGGGUGGAGUCCAAUGUUGGAAUUCUCCAGAAGGAUAAUGCUUCUGACUGUUCACUGGUGCCUUUUGGUGCCGUUAACUAAACCUUGGAAAGUGACAGCUUUCCAGAAUUUCAGAUGAAUUCAGUUUUUUUUCAUAUUUUCUUCCAAUGCAACAAUAUGUGUCACAGUGAGUUCACAUAAUUUUAAACAAUCGUUAUAUUCCAUUUUCUAAUCUUGUUUUAUUUUUAUAAUUAGGAAUGCUACUGCUGAACACACAAGAUUCUUCCAGUUUUGACUUUUGGCAAGUGUGCUUGGCUCUCAGAAUCAUGCUAGUUCUGACAGCUUAUUUAGCAGAGUUUCCAGCUUUUGCAGGUACCAUGUGCAGAGAGCCAGAGCUGGACCAACCCAGGAGUUAGAAAACAGAUUAAGCCACAAAUGGCUGAACCUGGGAGUGAAGGUGGAGUCGCCUUGAGAGCCAACACCAGGAAGGACUGAGGCACAUUUCCUGGAUCCUUUCAGACCAGGGACAGAAGAGCGGUGGAGGCAGCAUGUGGGAAGGACUGGGCCUACGGAUUAUGCUUAUGUGUUUGUGGGUGGGGAUUUCUCUCCACGCCCACACAACAUUGGACCACACCCACCAGAAGCAUCUACCACUCCAUAGGCACAGAGAGAGAAGCAAAGAAGGGCAGGUCCUACACCGCACAAAAAGGGGCUGGGUUUGGAACCAGUUCUUUGUUAUUGAAGAGUAUACUGGACCAGACCCUGUGCUAGUAGGCCGGCUACACUCGGACGUCGACUCCGGCAAUGGAAACAUCAAGUAUGUUCUUUCUGGAGAGGGAGCAGGCACGAUCUUUGUCAUUGAUGACAAAACAGGGAACAUUCAUGCCACAAAGACUUUAGACCGGGAGGAGCAGGCCCAGUACACUCUAAUUGCACAAGCAGUGGCUCGAGACACCAACAAGCCCCUGGAACCACCGUCACAGUUUGUGGUUAAGGUGCAGGACAUCAAUGACAACCCUCCAGAGUUCCUCAAUGGCCCUUACUAUGCCAGCGUCCCUGAAAUGGCUGGUGUUGGUACUUCAGUGAUACAGGUGACAGCUACUGACGCUGAUGAUCCAACAUACGGAAACAGUGCAAUGUUGGUUUACAGCAUCCUCCAGGGUCAACCCUACUUCUCAGUGGAUCCGCAGACAGGUAUCAUCAGAACAGCCCUACCAAAUAUGGACAGGGAGGCCCGGCAAGAAUAUGAUGUGGUCAUCCAGGCUAAGGACAUGGGAGGUCAUAUGGGCGGACUGUCUGGCACAACAGAAGUCAAAAUUGUCCUCACGGAUGUCAAUGACAACCCUCCAAAGUUCCCUCAGAGUGUGUACUCCAUGUCCAUCUCAGAAGAUAAAGUUCCGGGUGAGGAGGUAGGCAGGCUGAAAGCCAAGGACCCAGACCUUGGGGAGAAUGGCUUGGUGACAUACAGUUUGAUUGAAGGCAACAGCAUGGACGUCUUCGAGAUUGUCACAGACUCUCGUACCCAAGAAGGCAUCAUAAAACUGCAGAAGGCCGUCGAUUUUGAAAGCAAGCGAGCAUACACCCUACGGGUGGAGGCAUCGAACGUGAAAGUGGACCCACAUUUCUUCGCCUGGGGGCCCUUCAAAGACACGGUUACUGUGAAGGUCACAGUAGAGGAUGAGGAUGAGCCACCAGUCUUCACUGCAUCUGGCUACAACUUUGAGGUGGAGGAGAAUGCACCAGAAGAGACCAUUGUGGGGCGAGUCCAUGCCAAGGACACGGAUAUGGCCAACAAACCCAUCAGGUAUAUGAUUCCCCGCUACAUUGACCUGGAACGAUUCUUCAUCAUUGACCCAGAAUAUGGAAUUAUCAGAACAACAAGGCCACUGGACCGUGAAUCUUUGCCUUGGCACAACAUCUCUGUAAGCGCCAUUGAAAUCGGUGGCCAUCAUCAGGAUGCUAAAGUGCGUGUCAACAUCAAAGUAAGAGACGUGAAUGAUAAUGCUCCAGAACUGGCCUCACAAAAUGAAAUUCUUUUGUGUGAAAAUGUAGCAUAUGGCAAAAUGAUCGAGAUCAUAAGCGCCAUGGACAAGGAUGAAAUGGCCCCGCAUCAGCAUUUCCGCUUCAGCAUUUCCCCAGAGGCCACUGGCAAACAAAACUUCACUGUCAAGGAUAACCGAAACAGCACCGCCAGUCUCUACGUGACCCGGAAGGACUUCAGCAAGACGACCCAAGAUGUUUACCUCCUGCCAAUCAGGAUCAGCGAUAGCGGCAGCCCUCCCAUGAGCAGUACCAGCACUGUGAUCUUGCGAGUGUGCAGUUGUGAUGCCAGGGAUACCAUCCUCUCCUGCAAUGCACAGCAUUUCAUUUUGCCAGCGGGACUCAGCAUGGGCGCCCUCAUCGCCAUCUUGGCCUGCAUUGUAGUCUUGCUGGCCAUUGUAGUUUUAUUUGUGGCGCUGCACAGGCAGAAGAAUGAGCCCCUCAUGGUGUUUAAGGAAGAGGACAUUCGGGAAAACAUCAUUACGUACGACGACGAGGGUGGUGGCGAGGCUGACACUGAGGCCUUUGACAUUGCUACACUACAGAACCCCGAUGGGGCCAACGGUUUCCUGCCUCGGAAGGACAUGAAACCAGAGCUGCAGUACCCAGUUCAACAGAGGCUAGAGCAGGCGACUAGCGACGUGGAUGUGAACUGCUUCAUAAGAAACCACCUCUGCGAUGUCGACAAUGACCCCAAUGCCCCUCCGUAUGACUCCAUUCAGGUGUAUGGUUACGAGGGCCAGGGCUCUGUCGCUGGCUCCCUAAGCUCCUUGGAAACCACCACAAACGACUCAGACCUGAACUAUGACUACCUCCAAAUCUGGGGACCACCGUUCAAAAAAUUAGCCGAUCUCUAUGGCACCAAAGACUCUGUCAACAACAAAUUGUAACAGAGUUCCAGUGGGCGCCCUUCCAUGAAAAAGAGUCUCUCAGUUUGUUAUUACUAAACCCUAAAUUUAUUUGUGGAAAAAUUUAUGUGAUUUAAAGUACAGUUAUACUCUACGAGAUCCUCAUAAGGGGCUAAAGUUUUUUAUGAAUUGUAGAGAUGGACAGCAAAACAAAUUUUAGAGGGAUUUGAACAUAAUCAUAUACAACUCUGCAGGUCACCUUCUUGUUGCCUGGAUACACCAGGUUAACUUAUAGAAGCCCCAGAUAGAUAAGGCAGUUGAAAUCAGAAGAGCGACUAGUUCGUACUGUGAAUGAGUCAAUAACUGGAAUUAAUGAAAUUGCCUUCAGUUAUAUACAGAACACCAGAUCACAUCUCUCCAUUUUACAAAGCAUCUUUUAUGAGUGUGUGUAUAUAUAUAUGUAUGUGUGUGUAUGUAUACAUAUACACAUAUAUAUAUACACACAUAUACAUAAAAUGAGAAAAAUGAAUGUCCAGUUUUUGCGAAUCUCUUUCCAAAUGAAGUAUCUAUCACAACAAGCAAGCUGUGAGCUCUGAUAUCGCCUUAAAUAAUACUUAUUUUUGGUUUGUGAUAACUGAGGAAUUAUAUCCUGCCUGAGAUUCAAAUUCCGUAUAAUAAAUAUGAAGUGAAAUGUGCUGCUGUGUCUCCAGAACAUCAAAAUUACACAUGCUGAUUAUUAUAGAAAAUUGUUUUCUUGAUUAUCUUUUACAGGAGCACCAUUUCACUGCAUUUUAUAAAACUGAAAUUAUUAUUAUAUCAGCCCAAAAUGGAAAUGUAACUACAUUUAAAUUUGUAGUUUGGUCACUUAUGCACUCAUAUAUCAAUGUGAAUUUUCCCAUAAGAAAUAAUGGAUUCGUUCCACAACCCAAAAAUAUUCAUAUAAAAAUGAUUAAUACAAAAUAUAAAGUACAUAAAACAAAUUAACCUGCACUUUACCUUUGAAAAAAGUCAUGGAUGGUGUGAGGGAGAUGAGAGAGAAGAGAAGAGGAGGGUUAUUUUGUAGAACGACUUUCACAAUAACUAACGGAAUAACUGCUAUCUGUUGGCUCACUGGAAUCUUUCUCUUUUUGUGUGACUUUAACAAGGAACCUAUCCAAUGACAGCUGCUUUUGCCUCCUGUUUGAUUUCGCAGAAAUGUGGAAAUUGCAUUGUCGUUAAACAGAUUCAUCGCUCGCACUGCUACGCCCUUAUUUGGGUGGUGCUUUUCUACUAAAUUUUGACUAUACGAGUGAGGGAAGCUGACUGAGACUGAGCAUAGGAGACGAUUACCCACAGUGAGAGAGAGAAUAACCAUCAGCUCAGUUGUGAUCACGUGACGCUAGGCAGACAAAGCGUAUACAUAAUACUCGUAUUGCAAGACCUAGCUCGUUUAUCAAGUUAAAAUUUAUGAAAAAUUUGUGCUCGUCUUGCACUCACAGACCAAGUUACUCUCAAUCCAAGGUAUUGCUGUAUUUUAGUAUUGUCUUUGAUUGAAUGACAAUAACACAAUCCCUAGUGAAAAAUGCCAUGAAACAAGGUGCUCCUGGAUUACUUUUGAUUCUUUAUGUUCUUUUGUCUUCACCCUAGACAGAAAAGAACGGUAUGUCACAUAAAAAAAAAAUCUAAUUUCUAUGUCAAAUUUAUGAUUCCUAUUUAUAAAAUACAUUUCAAAAAACAUAUUUUAGUAUAUAGAAUCAUUAGUAUUUCUGUGUGUAAGGCAUUGAAUCACAACUAUGUUUUAUGAACAUUGAUUGGACGAUUGCCCUACUAUGUGCUUCAGUCUAAGGAGCAAAAGUUUUUUCAAUAAACCUUUUAUAAAACAG